UAUUUGACACGAAUGAGGUUCUGUACUUUGUCGCCACUCAUCGGUAGUCCAUUCUAUUAAUCAAUGUCCUCACCUACCGUGUAUCCUGUUUAGUAUUUGAUAAACUAUAAUGAGAUAAAAUAUUAAAGUGGAAUAACCUGAAAUAAACAUGGGGAAAUUAAACGUGACGAUUUUACGAUAUUUAACAAAAGAUGAUUUUCGUGUUUUAACAGCGAUUGAAAUGGGAAUGAAGAAUCAUGAACUUGUUCCUGCAUCACUGGCUGCGCAAAUAGCAAAUUUGCGUUAUGGUGGUGUACAUAAGUUGUUAAAGGAACUAUGCAAACAUAGGCUUCUCAGUUAUGAACGUGGGAAACAAUAUGAUGGUUAUCGUUUGACAAAUGCAGGCUAUGACUAUUUAGCUUUAAAAGUUUUGGCACAAAGAGGUAUUAUUGCUUCUUUUGGUAAUCAAAUUGGAGUAGGAAAAGAAUCUAAUAUCUAUAUAGUUGCUGAUGAGGAUAGAAAUCCAAUGUGUUUAAAACUGCAUCGAUUGGGAAGGACUUGUUUUAGAAAUAUCAAAAGUAAGAGAGAUUAUCAUCAACAUAGAAAAUCGGCAUCAUGGUUAUAUCUAUCAAGAAUAUCAGCAACAAGAGAAUAUGCAUAUAUGAAAGCACUUUUCGAUAGAGGAUUUCCAGUACCUAAACCAAUUGAUCUCAAUAGACAUUGCGUUGUUAUGGAGCUGGUUGAAGGUGGACCUCUAUGUGGUGUAUACAGACUGGAUGAUGUUGAAUCGUUGUAUGACGAACUAAUGAAUUUGAUUGUAAAACUGGGAAAUCAUGGAGUUAUUCAUGGAGAUUUCAAUGAAUUUAAUAUCAUGAUAACAAAUAGCGGAAAACCCAUUCUUAUUGAUUUUCCACAAAUGAUUUCUACCGAGCAUGUGGAUGCUAAAACUUAUUUUGAAAGAGACGUAAACUGUGUUCGUGAUUUUUUUAAAAGACGUUUCGCUUACGAAAGUGAGUUGUAUCCGACGUUUCAAGAUAUUUCGAGAGAAGAUUGUAUCGACGUAGAAAUUAAGGCCAGUGGUAUUACAAAACAAAUGGAAAAGGAUCUUUUGAGGGAAAUAGGCAUGGUCGAAGUUGAAGAUGAAGAAAUUGAGGAGGAUUGCAACGAGGAUACGGAUGAAGAAAAUAAAAAUACGAAUGAGAGUGAAAUUGAUUAUUUACAACUCGAAGUCGAAAACUCUGUGAGAAAUGAAUUUAUGUGUACAUCAAAGAAAACAUCCGAAGACUCAGAAACAAAUGAGAAGGAAGAUUCAAUUGUUUUAUCCGUAGAAGAUCGUAUUUUAGAAGAAGGUGUUAAAAAGAUCGAUAUGGGUAAGUCAGUGGGAAACUUAAUAGGCAAAAAGUCAUACGAUUUAAAUGUAAAGCACAACAAAGAAAUAACCAAUUCGUUUCUUUUUACAGAAACAUGCAAUUCAGAAGAUGAUGAUGUAGAAAAAUUUAAUGAUUUGAAAAGUAUGUACAGUAGUAUGACAGCUUCAACGAUCGCCCCUGAACUUAUUAAGAAAAAGGUGAAAAUAGCUUUACAAAAACGUGAAAAGAGGGAGCAAUCUAGAAGAAUUCUCGUGAAAGGAGAGGCAAAUGCGAUAACUAGAGUUAGAAGGGAGAAUAGGGAUACGAUUAAACAAUCAACAGGGAUAUGGGGGUGGGAAUAAAAAUGAUACACUUUUGCUACUUAUUGUAGAUGAUUUAUUCAAAAAUAAAAAACAACAAAAGUAAAAAAUAAAACGAAGCUAACAAAUAAUA